AUGGUUGGAAUACUCCUGACUGCUCUGCUAUCAGAUUAUUACAGCACAGUAUGGUUCAAGAUUCUGACCAAGAUGGGUGUCAUGACUGUGUGCUUGUUCAUUCCCAGAACAGCCACUGCACAUAUCUAUAGGUUCACUGACAGAGACAAGAAGAAAUGGGUUGCCCAUUAUUCCUACUCGUAGAGUUUGAUAGAAAGAGAUAGCCUCUCUGGAGUUAAUCAUUACUAUGUGUCAAAGGGCUUAGAGAACAUUGAUUAA